AUGGAUCCAUCAGCAGAGGGCCUAUCUGAAAGGCGAAUCGCUUUGAGAUUGUCCUCGCAGCAGCGCAGUGCAUGGCCAGACGAGGAUUGGUCGGGUAUUACCGAUCAGAAAACACGCCGGCGGCUACAAAAUCGCCUGAAUCAACGGGCUCGACGUAAGUCCGCUGUUCGCCAGCUACCAACUAGCGAGUAA